AUGGAACGCUCGUUCCAGCAGCUAUAUGGUGCACAGUUUUCCGCAGAAUGUACAACAUUCUAUUUUGAACAUUUCGCGCUCGAUGCCCGAGCAUCUUCGCUAGCUUCUCAUGGUGACCGAGACAUCGCUCUCGUUCUGAAAGGUCGGCAGGAUGUUUAUGUUUUCCAGGCCAAGGACGGGAAGUUGCACCUGAAGGCCCAGCUGAGACCACCUGAGGAUCAGCCAGGAAGGAUAGAGGUGCUCAAAACAGCAUUUGACAGAGAAGGAGGCGUUAACGUUCUUCAUCGUCUGGUACCAGCGAUAGACGAAGACGGUUUUGGCGCCACACACCCGUUCGUGAGACAUGCGAUACGGUCUGGUCCUCGUGUCAGUGUCUAUAUGGCGCGUCACUCGCUUCAGACACUCAAUGAGCCCAUUCGCGUGUGUGCCUUUCCAGACCAUGCGGAGUAUGAACCUUUGGCUCUUGCUGCUGCUGGAGAGAGCACCUUUGCAAUCUCUUGGCAGCACUUCCGUGAAAGCGACGAUUAUGAGGUUGUUCUGUACAACUCCCCAAAACAGUCAAGCAGCAACACUCCUGGAGUAAUUGAUUGCAGUUAUAAUGCUACCACACUUAUCGACGGGAAUAGACAACGACAGAGUAGCAACAGGUAUCGUCAAGAGGGUCUGUCCGGCCCUUAUGAUAAUGGUCCUGCCAUCGACAUUUCCUUCAAUGACAGAUCAAGCCAGUUGCUCUAUUAUCACCGCGCUCAAACGUUAUAUGGUUCCUUUCAGAGAAUUCAGAGUAUAAAUGCGCACCCCCUCGUGGACCCACAGCCAACUCUACAUCAGAAUGCGUGCAUGGUGCAAUUCUCGGACACUUUGAGCCUUCUCUUUUCGAUUGCGAUACCCUUCUUCGGUACACAUGCGAGGCGGAAUGAGAAUAAUAUUGAAAUGUGCCAUUGGCAGUACCUUGCCUUCGGUAUAGCGACCCAUCGGAAGGAGAACUGGACCGUCGCGUGCCUAUUGAAAUCCGAAGCUCGAUGCCAAGCUCAGAACUGUGGGCAUGUCUUGAACCUCGACCGUGGGCGACGGUUCUCGCAAUGGACAAUAGUAGCUCGACUAUGGGGAUUCCAGAAUCCCACAAAUUCUCUUGGUUGUAAAAUUGCCGCGUCGGAUCGUGGUACUCGCCUUGCUGUCGCAAAUUGGAAUGUGAUUUAUGUGUGGGCUCUUGAGCCAAAUGCACUCAUUGAAGAAAAUGCGAAUGGAUUUUACCCUACAUCCUUUCAAUCAACAAGUUCCGGGAUAAUCGAGCUACGACCGAUUGUUCUCCCGCUGGAUGCCGUGUGCUUCAAGCUCGGCUUCACGCAUCAAGAAAAUGAACUGAUAGCUAUUACUGAUCGGGGCGUGAUGUGCUGGGACCUUGGCCCGUUGGGUAAAGGGCAGAGAAUCACUCAACGGCUGACUUUCUAA